GGGCGGUGGCCCAUGGAGUCGGGGCUGCUGCGCCCUGCGCCGGUGAGCGAGGUCAUCGUCCUGCACUACAACUACACCGGCAAGCUCCGCGGCGCCCGCUACCAGCCGGGCGCGGGGCUGCGCGCCGACGCCGUCGUGUGCCUGGCCGUGUGCGCGCUCAUCGUGCUGGAGAACCUGGCUGUGCUGUUCGUGCUCGGACGCCACCCGCGCUUUCACGCGCCCAUGUUCCUGCUUCUGGGCAGCCUCACAUUGUCUGACCUACUGGCGGGCGCUGCCUAUGCCGCCAACAUCCUGCUGUCCGGGCCGCUCACGCUGCGCCUGUCGCCCGCGCUCUGGUUCGCAAGAGAGGGCGGCGUCUUUGUGGCGCUCGCCGCCUCCGUGCUGAGCCUCCUGGCCAUCGCGCUGGAGCGCAGCCUCACCAUGGCGCGCCGGGGACCCGCGCCCGCAGCCCGAAGGGGGCGCACGCUGGCCCUGGCGGCCGCCGCCUGGGGCCUGUCGCUGAUCCUCGGGCUACUGCCAGCGAUGGGCUGGAAUUGCCUGGGCCGCCUGGACGCCUGCUCCACCGUCCUGCCGCUCUACGCCAAGGCCUACGUGCUCUUCUGCGUGCUCGCCUUCCUUGGCAUCCUGGCUGCCAUCUGUGCGCUCUAUGCGCGCAUCUACUGCCAGGUGCGCGCCAACACGCGGCGCCUUCGAGCUGCUGGGGGCUCCUCGAGCCGGGCACGCCGCACGCCGCGCUCUCUGGCCCUGUUACGCACUCUCAGCAUAGUGCUCCUGGCCUUUGUGGCGUGUUGGGGCCCCCUCUUCUUGCUGCUCCUGCUCGACGUGGCGUGCCCGGCGCGCGCCUGCCCCGUGCUCCUGCAGGCCGACCCCUUCCUGGGCCUGGCCAUGGCCAACUCUCUUCUGAACCCCAUCAUCUACACGCUCACCAACCGCGACCUGCGCCACGGGCUCCUGCGCCUCGUCUGCUGCGGCCGGCGCCCCCGUGGCCGGGGCUCGGGAGCCUCCCAGCGAUCAGGGAGUGCCGCUGGGGCUUCGGACGGCCUGCACCACUGGCUGCCCCCCAGCCUGGAUGGCAGCUCCAUCCGCUCUGAGCGCUCAUUGCCUCAGCGGGACGGGCUGGACAUAAGCCUCUCCGCCGGCGCACCCACAGCCCCAGGGACCCUGGUACCCGCGCCAGCCGCAGAAUGACCCCCUCUGACCGGCAUUGCCCUUCCUAAGAGCUGUUUUGCAGACGUUUUCUUUUUUAAAUAAUGGACUCUAAUAGGAAACCCAGCCGAAGAUGGUGGAGAAAGAAGACGCAGGGAAAGGUGUUUUAUUGGCUGGUGCGAAACCCCACAACAGUGAACAAAACUGACAAAAACCACUCUGUGUGGAAUUGACGUCCUGGUGGGGGCACAGGAGAUAAUGGCGUGAAGAAAUAAUGGAGAUCGUUCCCGUGACAAUAGGUGCUGUGAUGGUGUCAGAGGAGGCCUGGCCGCAGAGGUGGUGACAUGUGCUGUGAACUGAGACAUGAUUGAACACCUGAAGCAAGAGCGUUUCCUGUGAGGGGACAGCAGGUGCCAAGCCCCCGCGCGGGGGCGUGUCCGUGUGUCUAUGACAAGCAGGGGCUCAGGGGUGGCUGGAGCAGUGGUGGGCGUGAGUGGGGAACACCAAGGCGGGGAGGUGACUGGCCGCAUCACUCAGGGGCCGUGGGCUCAGGGGAGGACUGUACUGUUGCUCUAAGUGAGGUGGGAGCCACGGCGAGUUCUCGGUGAGGGAAGGGCUUGGCUUGGUUCAGUGUUCACAGAUUUCGGUGUGAGGCCAAGGUGGUAGUUGGAAGAACAAGGUGGUGGCUGCACUGGCCACGGAGAGUGAUGAUGGGGACUCUGACCACCUGGGUUCUGGAUAGAUUUUGGAAACAGACAGAAUUACUGAGGAAUUGAGUGUGGGAGCGAGAAAGGAGUCCAGGACAGCUCUCCCUCCAGCUUAGAGGCGAGAACACCAAAGACAGGGCACCCUGCAAUGGGACUCUGGGAGACUCAGCCAAUUCUGAGCUGAAACAAGAUUUGAGCAUGUGUCAGAUCCUUCAUAAAAAAUAAAAAUGUAAUAAAAUAAUACGA